AUGUAGCUCAAAAUUUCUUAAUAUAUCUGUAAAAUAAGAUUUGUAAGUGUAUGAUGAAUAAUAUACUCCGGAGUUUCUUGUCUAUUUGUUUAUAUUACUAAAGUUGUUGACACGAUGUAUUGUUAAUUGAAUUCAGUUUCGAUAGUGUAUAGACAUAUAAAAUGUUAAAAAAACUAUGAUUUAACAAAUCUUAUAGUUACUACUGUUGUUCAUUUUCUUUAGUUUACUUCCGUGAAACCUUCUUGGUCAAUGAUUGAAAAUUGGUAUUAUGUGGAAAAGAAAAACUGAGCCAGUCUCGAAUAACUAGAACGCAUCUUAAUCUUAUGUACAUUGACUAGAUUUAUAUGAUUUGAAUAUGUCUGGUUGGUAGAUUAAGUCAAACUAAUUUUGUUUUACAUAAGUCAAACUAAUUAGAAUAUAUAUUACAAUACUUUAGUUCAUAAUUAAAAAUUACCAUAUUGAUCAACUUUCCCGGCCCCUAUAAAUUGGCAGUGAAACGGACCAAAAUCAGUCACUCGAAAGAUUUGCAAUAAGAAAACAGAAAUGGAAAGUUCGAGCACAGAACUCUAUUAUGUAUUUUUGAAAAGAGACCCUGAGUAUGAGCGUCUUAAAGAAAUCCGGACAAAGAAAGGUGAAGAAGAGUUGGACAGGUACCUAGAAAAGAGACAUGAGGAGAUUCUUGAAAGUAACCUUGAGCCUGGCUCUUAUAAGAGGACCGUUUCUCUUGUCGUUGUUCACGGUUUUGGUGUUGAGAUCACCAAGCACCAGGCCGAAGUGCUAAGAUCAGCCGAUGGGGUUUAUACGGUGGAAAAGAACGAAGAAAUUAAACUUGUGUCGAGUUAAGAAAGAAGAAAAGAGAAGGAAAUGUCAUUUCUAAAUUCUUUCUAGAAGAAUGAAUUAAUGUUGACAAUUAUGAUAAAAACAAUAAUGAUAGUAAUCUCUUAAAUAUAUUAUGAAACUUGAGACUUUGAAUCAUGAUAAUUGAUCGGUGAGAAAAGGUUAUAUAGUCGUAUUAAUCGAUGCAAAUGAAAUGUCAAUCAAAUAGUUACGAUCUGCAUGGUAGUGGUCAAAGUUUCAUUUUCGUACAUUCAAGUAUUUGCAUCUAUUUUUUGGGCCAGUUAAAAUUAGACAUGGGCUUCAAUCAUAGCCAUGCUGAUCCGAUCCUCACGGGAGCCCACAUGAGACUUCAUUUUCUUGUCCCACGCACGGUCGCAUCAACGUGGAAGACAAGCGUAUUACGUUCACUUGAUUAGUAUAGCCCAUAGAUUGCAUAAGAGGAUAAUAUAUAUGUACAUUAACAAAAUAUUUCAGAAUCAUGUUUUCUCAUAGAAUAAGUAUUAUAUGGAUGGAAAGAUUAAUACUUCAGUUUUGGAGUAUAAAAAUUGAAGGUUAUGCAUUGUUAAAAAUGUGUAAUAUAUCCAAAUUAAAUUUGCGAUGGCAAAACAGCAUUAUUAUAUAUUUAUUUCAAGUGUGAAAGUGUCGCAUUGAUUUUUGACUAUGCCUAAACGAAUCGAAAGCCGCGUGAUGUAUUUUCUAUACAUGUUUUUUUUCUGUUAUGUUUGGCUUUUUCCUGCUUUAUUGCUCUUUUUGAACGAGUCCAGUUCACAAGUUGGCUACUAUUUUGUUGGCAUAACAAUAAUUAACUCUCAAGUACACUGUAAUAAAUUAUUUAAUUCUUCUAGAAAUAAGAAUUAAAUACUGCUGCCUAGCGUUGAGAGUUGAGACACACCCAAACACACAAAAAGAUAUUGCUACGUUCAGGGGCGAAGCCACAUGAUAGGGAAGGGGUGCACAGGCACCCAUAAUUUUUUUUAAAGUUAGUGUAAAUGCUAAGUAAUUUUAUAUGUGCACCCAUUAGAAUUUAUAAUUGUGCACCCAUUAGAAUUUAGAUUAAGGGCAAAUGAAAAAAAAAAAACUAAAUUCCAAAAAAUAGAUUAGCCCAAAAAAAAGAGAAACUUU